GUUAAUUUAGCAACAGUGUCAGAGUACCUUAACCUUAUGGAACUCGAAGCAUAUCAAACUAAAACAAGAGUAGUAUUCGUUCUACGCAUCCCGUUAUUAGAGCCCGAAAUGUAUACUUUAUACAGAGUGAUUCCUCUACCCACUCUCGAUAAACGUACUGGUUUGUUUCAUGUAGUCUCCACUAUACAGAGGUACAUUGCUAAAGAUAGCGAUUCUCUUUUGUACGUUUCCUUUCAAAACCUAGGUAGUUGUAAAGUUCUUCAGUCUCAGGUGAAAAUCUGUUUCAACCUCUUGCCGUAUCUAAUAGACAGUAAUGCAGUCUGCGAAGCACAGUUGUUGCGAAAUCCGGUCGAUCUGCCGACAGCCUGCCAAAUAGCAAUUGUGGCAUUGCAAGAUUACAAAAUCCAAGAACUUGCAACCAAUUUUUGGCUAAUCACCAUAUCUAGCCCUCUGCCAAUUACGAUGAAGUGUGGACAACGAGAGACUACCACCAAAGUAAUAAAAGUUAAUUCACUUUUAAAAAUGCAGCCCGAAUGCAGUGGCUUUGUAGGCACCACGAGAUUACAUUCUAGAUACUCUGUUAGCACCUACAAGAAUAUCACAUACAAAAGUCACCCUGUAAAAGUACCCUACAAAUGCUGUGAACAUCUCCCAGAGAAACAAAAUUUACCAAAAUUAAAACCGAUCAAGCUAAGCAAGAUCGAUACUGAGGAACUCGAAAUUGCCAAUCACAAAUUGAACCAAUAUUCUGAACAACUGGACAAAAUUAUGAACGAGCCGUUUGUUUCGAGACAUCUCUCAUGGUUCACGUAUUUUAUCAUCACCCUAGUUAUCAUCGUAGCUUUGUACCUGUUCUGCAAGUGCAGAAAACGAAGACCACUCAGCAUCCGCGCAUCAAAUUAUCCAGCCGAUGGCCCAUCUCCAGGAGCACCAAAAGUCCGGUACAUUCCCAGACUUUUUCCUCGACGUAGACCAACCAUCCAGCCACAUGAAGAAGACAUCGAACUGCAGUGAGUGUUCCGUGAAGUGUUUUCACUGUUCAAAAAGACAUUUCCAAUUUUCGUGUUAUCUACCAUGUGAUUUUGCCCGUACGACUGUACGAUUGUAUCUUAUUAUUUGUUUGUUCCAGCUUUGCUUUUAGAUGUUAUUUAGCAUCGCCAAUGUACCCAUUUAUGCUAACAAUUUUAUUUUUCAGAAUCUAUAUUUUCUGAUGUUAUUUUGCAAUUUUAUUACUCCUACUUUUAUAUUUUUAUAUUUUACAAUGUUUACAAUUUACAUUUCUACAUUUUUACAUUUUUGAAUUUUUACAUCUUUUACACUUUUCUAAUUUUAUCAAAAGUUGUCGCAUGGCAACAACUUUUUGUAAUAGGGGGAAGUUGUUAUAUGCACUCAAAACAAUGGACUUACUAUUCCAUACAAUGUUGCACCAGACGCUAGCUCAGCAACAGAUAACGACUUCUCGCUAACACGUUGUUUACGCUUUAUUUUCUAGAAGUGCUUUGUAAGCACACCAAUAGUAUAAAUAGGCCUUGCGCCCAUUUCAUGUCGUUCAUUACCCGGCUAGGCACCGUAACAGUCACUUAUGUAAACUUUAUGUUCAAUACCAGGUUAGACUCCGUAAAUGUCACAUUUGUAAACCUUUUGUAUUUUAUAUGGACUGAAGCUUCAGUCCUCAAAUAAAAUUUUUUUAAAAAGUUAUUUCUAAAUCUAAUGAUUUAAG